AUGGCGUGUUCUCGUCUGCGCUCUCCUCCUCUAUCCUUCCUGCAGACGCUGCUCUCUCUCUUGCUGUCAUCCAUAUCUCUGCUUGCGUCUAAUUGGUGCUCAGGGGUCCAGAAGGUUCCGAAGCCACUGUGUUCUCCUCUGCGCCGUCAGACCUGCACACCAUCUGACCUAUACACCAACGGCUCCACCCAGUUUACCUGGGAAACCGGGGAUGACCGCUUCAUCUUCCCCACCUUCCACGCCGGGAUUUGGAGCUGCUGUGAAGAAAACAUACACAAAGAUGAAUGGGAAGAGAAAUGUCGCAGUUUCAUGGCUCUGACACCUCCAUCAGAGAAAGGUCUUGUUGGAAUGGUAGGUCACAUCAUGUUUAUGCAGGUGUUCCAGGUAACAGCAUCCAGUGGGCCGGAGGAUUUUAAACCACACCGUUACGGAUACUCCUGGGCUUUUUAUGUGGCCUGGGUGGCCUUCACCUGCUGCAUGAGUGCCGGAGUUUCUACUCUGAAUAAUUACACCAAAAAGGUCCUGAUGUUUGGGACAAAGCCAAAGCCUGAUUUCUAUAAUGUGACGCCGCCAUAUUACCCCCCAGUUCCACCCCCUCCUCCUUCCAUUCCCCCUCCAUGCCCUCCUCUGCCUCCCCCCGUCUCCCCACUCUCUCUAUACUCCUGCCCUCCAUCUCCUCAAGGCUUGUUCCCUCCUGCCCCUACAUCUCCACACAGCCCCAAUCAUCCUGCUCUCUUUCCAUCAAAUUUACUUCGUGAGGAAUCAGCUGCUGAUUGGAACGCAGCUCUUGUAAUUAACCUGCAGUGGAGAAAAGACUCUGAGUAA